GCGAUGUCGAAGCAUCGCCUGAGAACCAAAAUUACUUGACUUGUGGAUGUAGGCUGGCCGUGUGUGUGCGAGCAUGGACUAAGGCUUCGCCGGUUUUUACCUUCCAGUAUAUAAAUGCCGUCUCUAUGUCCACGAUUCCAAUUAACCCCUCAGAUAUUCGCGCGGCAGAAUCUAGUCGCAAUUCAUCACCAUGAGCCGAAGCCUGUACGACAAAUCUCUAGGACGCCUUAAAUUUAGCUCUGACAUAAAAGACUCAGACAUAAAAGCCUAUUGGUAUAGACAGGACUGGGGAACGUUCGAUUUGAUCCAGGGUCAGAAUCUUGUCAAUCGCUUUACAGAACGCCAGCGGGGCCGGAUCAGCGAAGCGCAUCAUGGCCAGCUCGACAUGAUACUACUAGAAGCCGAGGGGCAUAAAUUUGUAGGCAUGAACCGAAAAAGAUUCCAGCAGCUUCUUGAAACAUUCAAGGUGCCCAUAUCCUCGGUACAGGGCCUUGUACGCAGCUUAUUCGACGAGGGCGGUCGGCCUACUCAUUCAGUCCACCAUUCCCCAGAUGGACGCCAACUUGUUUCCUGUAUAUCUAUGAAUGCCCCCAAACUCGAGGACGACUUCGAAGCAUCCUCACCUAUGGGAUCAUUCUCAGUGUUCCUCCGAGUAUCAGCCAAUGGGAAUCCAGCAACGUGUAUCAUUCUCGCAAGGAACCUCUGCGCAAAAAAGGACACUAAAACCAACAACCAAUCUUCAAGAAAGACAUGCCCUUUUACCCGUUUGAAAACAUUGUUCAAUGGUAACAAGCCGAAUGUCCCGGGGUAUAUGCGAACAGAAAGUAGUGACCCAACAUCAAGCGACUAUACCGAACAUACUACUAUGGCAGACGAAAUCCGCCAGGCGCUCCAACACGACCACCAGCUGAUCAACUCCAAUCCCCUUUACAUACUUAGCACUCUUUGUGGGCUGCUGGACAGGGUGAACGAGAACUAUUUUCAGAGUCGCCUCGCAAGAUUCCACCCCUUACGGAAUACUAUGGACGGCUUUUGCCGAGGGCAGAAGGAUUUGUUCAAAGAUGAUGGCGCGGCUGUCUUUAUGGCUAUUCACAAGUUCCAGGUCAUGCAACGCAAACUUGGCGCGUUGAAAGGCGCUAUUAAAUACGAGGUGUCCGCAUUGGGUUUUGUCGAAAGUGUUUGGGAGAAGCAUCGAAGAUUGCAAGCCUCUGUCGAUGGAUCCCAGGUUUCGGCUUUGCCAUUGGACACAAUUUUCCAAGAGGUGCAAUAUCAAAUCCAGGACCUUAAGGGCGAGGCUGCAUCUCGCGAGUCGAGCAGACAAGAGUUAGAAGAAUGGGUCAAGUUAAAUAUAGAGAUUCUUCGCGACGGAAACCAGCGACAUCAUCUCAGAUUGGUCUCUCAAGAUAGUAUAGCAGUUACAAUAAUAGCGUUUGCUACACUAAUAUUCCUUCCUAUCUCGCUAUUAGCAUCGAUUUCCGGCAGCAAUGCGUUUGCAGUCGACAUGCAAGAUAUAAGUGAUGGAAUCAAGGUAUGGAAACACUGGUGGCUUCUACCGGCCGUCUCUGGGGGAUUAACUAUCCUCGUCCUUAUUGGUGCCGUUGUGUAUUGGUGGUUUAGAAGAUGUAACGCAAUCUGCAAAAAGAUGAGAGAUUCUAAGGAGGUCCUCGACGGCGAUGGCUGCCCCGUGGGAGGGUUCGAUGUAUGAGCAAGGUCCAACCACUAGGCCUAGGUUGUCAAAGAGAGCUAGGGAUCACUUUAGCAUGGGCGUUACUACUUUUUUUUUUUGGACUCUUCCGAUUAUGCCUUUAGAUCUGUACCUUACACACAUGGAUCCGUGUU